AUGAGGAUUCUCUCUAAUUUUGUUUUCUCAAGAUAUAAUUAUUCAUCUUUUUCUAUUAAAAAAGCCCGAUUUUAUAGCACAGGAAAUUAUGUUAAAGGGUCUUAUAAGGGAAAACCUAAUAGUUCUGGACUAUAUCCUGUAACAUUAAUUUCUGGAGAUGGUAUUGGACCGGAAAUAUCAACAAGUGUUCAAAAAAUUUUUGAAGCAGCUAAAGUCCCCAUAAAAUGGGAGCCUGUUGAUGUGACUCCGGUUUUUGUCAAUGGAAAAAUGACAAUUCCUGAGGCAACGAUUGAAUCUAUUCAUAGGAAUACAGUGGCAUUGAAAGGGCCAUUAGCUACUCCAAUAGGGAAAGGUCAUGUAUCUCUUAAUCUUACACUUCGACGUACUUUUUCACUUUUCGCAAAUGUAAGGCCAUGUCGUAGUAUUGCUGGAUGCAAAACUGCAUAUGAUAACGUGGAUAUUGUAUUAAUUCGAGAAAAUACAGAAGGUGAAUAUUCAGGCAUUGAGCAUAUGUUAGUUGACGGAGUUGUUCAAUCGAUUAAACUUAUAACAAGGGAUGCAUGUGAAAAAGUUUUACGAUUUGCUUUUCAAUAUGCUCAAAGUAUUGGAAGGAAAAAGGUAACCGCUGUUCAUAAAGCUUCAAUUAUGAAAAUUACCGAUGGUCUUUUUGUAAAAACAGCUUAUGAUAUUUCUAAAGAAUAUCCUGAUAUUGAACUAAAUACUGAACGUAUUGAUAGUUCUUGCUUAAAAAUUGUUUCAAAUCCGACUCCUUAUAAUGAUAGAGUAUUAGUUAUGCCUAAUCUCUAUGGAGGUAUUUUUUAA